GCAGAAACAGAAUUAAGCAGGAGGGAGACUCACAACUAAUCUGAGCCAAAUAUUUUCCAGCCCGAAGUUGUCUCUGGCUGAGAGGAACUAUGACAUGGGCAACCUGGAGUUGCAAGCCAUUAAGCUGGUGUUGGAGGACUGGAGGCACUGGCUGGAGGGGGCUGAGCAGCCGUUCCUAAUAUGGACCGAUCACAAGAACCUAGAAUACAUCAGAACUGCCAAGAGAAACAUCGAGCUGGAUGCCCUCUCUCACCAGUUUGAGCCUGACAACACCCCUGUGGCCCCCACUACCAUCCUGCCUCUGACCUGUGUGAUUGAGGGUGCAGGUCCGAGAUGGCUGCCCUCUGAACUGCCUUUUUGUUCCGACCAAUCUUGGUUUGUGGGUCCUGCAUUGGGGGCACUCCACCAAUCUGAGUUGUCACCUGGGAGCGCGUCAACCUAUCCUGACAGCAUUUUUGGUAGCCCUCUCUGGAAGGGGACACUGGGUAGUUCAUCACUGCCUGUCCAGUUUGUGCCAGAUCAAGACCUCCCGUCAGCCUCCUCCCGGGGUGCUCCAUCCUUUCAGCGACCGUGGUCCCACAUCUCCCUUGACUUUGUCACCGGAUUGCCCCUUUCCAAGGGUAACACAGUAAUUCUUACCAUCAAUGAACAUUUUUCUAAGAUGGUGCAUUUUGUUCCCCUGCCUAAAGUCCCCUCUGCCACAGAGGCAGCAGAGGUUAUGCUUUCUCAUGUUUUUCAUUUACAUGGCCUACCCCAGGAUGUGGUUUCCUACUGAGGCUCCCAAUUUGCUUCUCAUUUUUGGAAGGAGUUCUGCAGACUGAUUGGCACCACAGCUAGCCUCUCUUCUGGCUUCCAUCCUCAGUCAAAUGGGCAAACGGAGCAUUAUAACCAGGAACUGGAGACAGGGUUCCAUUGUCUGGUAUCUCAGAACCUAACCCUCUAGAGUCGUUAAUUGACUUGGAUCGCGUAUGCUCAUAACUCCCUUCCUGUUUCAGCCACAGCUACUCCAAAUGUCUGGCUGCUAUAAGAGGGCAGCCAACAAGCAUCACACUCCAGCUCCUCACUACCAUGUGGGACAGAAGGUCUGGAUGUCCACUCAGGACCUUCCCCUCCGCAUGGAAUCCCGCAAGCUGGCACCCAGGUUUAUUGGCCCUUUUCCCAUCUCCAAAGUUCUUAACCCUGUGGCGGUCCAGCUACAGCUCCCUGGGACUAUGAGACUGCACCCCACCUUCCACAUAUCCAAGGUUUUUGGAUUUUUGCCUGGAUUUGCUAGUUUGAUUUAGACUGAUUACCUGUGUAUGACUGCCUGGCUUUCCAGUAAAGAUUUUUGACGGCCUAUUUUUUAAAUAUUUCAUUUAUUUUCUCUGUGUUUGAGUCUCUGAUCUGCCCAAAGUUUUUACAGUCUAACUGCUCUGACAGAAAAAUUAGCUGCUUUAAAAAUAACAGCCAAGGGCAAUUUCACUUUUUCACUUCAUGAUUCACUAAUUUCCUUGAUGAUGAUUCUAAUAGUAUGUAUACAUCUUAACUUUGCUGUAGGCUACUGACACUUGACAUCAACAACUACUAAUACAGCAGUGACUUUAAAUAUAUUCAAGCUUGGUAAAUGAGGAAUGUGAAGCUUGGAGAUACUAAGUUCCUCUAGGAUACUGAGAAUCUACUUAUUGAUAACUAAAGAUUAAAGACUAAAGAUUUUCAUUAAUAUAAUCCCUUCUGGGGCAACA